GAAUUGAGAAAGGACGUUGUGCCACGUGUUACACUACCUGGCAAUCAGGCAUCGCAUCUUGGAUUUGGAGCCACGCGACACACCAUAACAAAACCCCAACCUCUCUCUCUCUCUCUUACUUCUUCUUCUUCUUCUUCUUCUUCCUCCUCUUCUCUCAUCACCGCCACCACCACCACCCUCAACGGCGUCGUUUUCUUCUUCUUUUGUUACGGACUCAGAUUCAUACUACUUUCUCAUUUACAGAUAACCCUAAAGCUGAGGGUUUUCUCCGAAUCGAAGAAGAUAGAGAGGUUUUCUCUUCCUCUCUGUCUCUGAUUAUUCAUUGCCCAAUUUUCAGGGUCUGAAUGAUACUCAUGUGUAACAAGGGUAUUGCUGAUAACUCAAUUGAUCAGCAACACCAUCACCAGUCUGGUUACUUGAUGGACAGUUUUUCAAGUACAACAAACUCAGUUUCUAAUUCUCCACCUGGUUUGAGCUCUGGUUCCAAUGAUGAAACCCCUCGUGUUAAGUUUCUUUGUAGUUUUUUGGGAAGUAUAUUGCCUCGUCCUCAAGAUGGGAAGCUCCGUUAUGUUGGGGGAGAGACGAGAAUCGUUAGUGUGCCUAGAGAUAUUUGUUUUGAUGAGUUGAUGAACAGGAUGAGGGAGCUUUAUGAUGGGGCUUCGGUUUUGAAGUACCAACAACCUGAUGAAGAUCUUGAUGCUCUUGUGUCUGUUGUGAAUGAUGAUGAUGUCACUAACAUGAUGGAAGAGUAUGAUAAGUUGGGUUCUGGGGAUGGUUUCACUAGGCUAAGGAUUUUUCUUUUUGGGAUUUCUGACCAAGAUUCUUUGUCUCACUAUGAUGGGGAUGAGAGGGAUAGUGAGAGGAGGUAUGUAGAUGCGUUGAACAAUUUGAAUGAUGGAUCUGAUUUUAGGAGGCAACUGCAGCCUGAUUCGCCUGUGAUGAGUCCUGUUGAUGAUUUACAUUUAGCUGAACAGUACUUUAAUUCAAUGAAUUUCGAAGGAAGUGGGCAUAACCAGAGGAAUUAUGAGAUGUCAAUGCCGCAGUAUAAUUUGCAUCGCCUUAAAAUUCCCCAUAUGGGAUCAGGACAACACCAUCAACCCAUGAGCCAGAGGUAUAGCGAAAUGGAAGCCCCUUGGAGUCCGGCAUACUAUUCUCCCAGACAUCAUGGACAUGAUCCAAGAACAAUGGCAGAUUUUCCUUCCUCUCCCUCUUCUGCACGUUUCCAUGUACCGUUUUCAGAGUUACCUGAUAAGAGCUCUGAUAGAUUGCCUGAAGAAUAUCGGCAACAACUGAAUCACCAACCUGCUUAUGAUCACCAUCCUCAAUAUUCUGAGAGUGCUGGAUGGCUGCCUGGUGGAGUCCACUCGGGUGAAAAGUCAGCUUUUCCUGGUAAUCUUUUUAAUGGACCCAAUGUUACUGAAGGAAGUAGUAUUUGUGAGCAUUGCCGUAUGAGUUUCCAAAGAAAUAUUGACCAUCCCAACAUGGGAAACGGACUUCACUCUCUUUCUAAUCCAUGUGCAGAGUGCCCACCGAACAGGGAAGCUUUUAUGAUGAAUGCAGAUGCAAAGUUGCAACAUGGAAUUUACACACCCGAACUGAAUAAUGACCACCGGUCUUUAUACAACGAAACUCAAAAUCAUGAUAGGGCGGCGGCAUGGCUUCUGCAUCAAAAUUUGAAUGCCCGGGCUGAGGAAGCAAGAUCCCAUGUUUCUGGAUCUGUAAGAGUGAACGAUCAUUUUGCUGUAGACGGUGGCAUGAAUUUUCCUCUUAGUCACAGUAAUAUGGUCGAUGGUCGACCUGUGCCUUCAAAUUAUAUUCAUCACCGAGGAGGAAAUGAAAUGGGAAUUGAAGCUUUUCAUGACCAACCUGUGGCUGGUGCAUCUCACAUGCACGUUCCUCCUCCUGAAGAAAGUGGAGUUCGAUAUGGAAAUAUUCCUUUACCAUUUGCAGGAGAUAAUCUUCAUCCAACUCAUGGACAUGUAUCUGGACAUCCAGUAUGGAGAAAUAUGCAGAACCCAGCUCCUAUUGCUCAAACUUAUGAAGCAGGCAAUUCAAUGCCACAAGUAAAUGGUAAAGUUAAUGCAGGACUUCCAAGGGGUCCAUGGGAAGGUAGUCCAAGGAUCUGUUUUGGGGUGGAUAAUCAGAAUCCUUGGGUUGACUCCUCAAAGUAUCAGGCUUUCGAUGGUAAAGCUGUCCCUGAUUAUGCCUUUGGUCAGGCUUCAAGGUUAAGUUCUAACGCACUUUGUCAGGAAAACCAACAAGCUAUUCCCCUAGAUCCUGUACGAACCACACCCAUAGAUCUUGUACGGACCACACCCGAUAUGAUCAACUUAUCUAAUCCAGUGGAACCUUCUCUAGCACCCCUGAUAUCAAAUGGGAAAGGUGUAGCUGAAGAUCAAAACGAAGAAAUGCAUGUAGAAAAGGUUGAAAACUCUGAUCAGCAUGAGACUUUAAAUUCAGAGGCAGUUAAAGUUGGUGACAGUAAUUGUGUGAGUGUGCCUCCUGAAGUAGCAUAUUCAAUCUGUUCAAAGCCUGCAGUCGAGAAUGGUAAUGCCGUCAAACAAGUGGAGAAUGUGGUAAAGCUUUCAGUUGACAAACUGAGUUUCUUGCCUGAGUUGAUUGCAUCUGCGAAGGAAGCAGCAUUAGAAGGGGUCAAGGAUGUGAAAUCACGAGUUGAAGAAAAUUCAGAUCUUGAAAAGAAUGACUUGAUAACUGAAGAAGUGAAUUCUGAUAAAUUAGAUUCAGCGAAUGCUCACGCUGAUGUAGAGUUGGAUUCUGAUAACGAUACUAUAGACACCUCUAGAAUCGAGCCCACGAAAGCUGAGGCAGAGGCUAUUGCAAAAGGAUUGCAGACUAUAAAGAAUGAUGAUCUGGAAGAGAUCCGUGAGUUAGGCUCUGGAACAUAUGGGGCUGUUUAUCAUGGGAAAUGGAGGGGCUCUGAUGUAGCAAUAAAGAGAAUAAAGGCCAGCUGUUUUUCUGGGAGACCAUCUGAAAGAGAGCGAUUGAUUGGCGAUUUCUGGAAGGAGGCUUUGAUAUUGAGUUCACUUCAUCAUCCAAAUGUAGUUUCUUUCUAUGGAAUCGUCCGUGAUGGUCCUGAUGGUUCUUUGGCAACAUUAACAGAGUUUAUGGUUAAUGGAUCUCUGAAACAGUUCUUGCAGAAGAAGGACAGAACAAUUGACAGGCGUAAGAGACUCAUCAUAGCUAUGGAUGCUGCAUUCGGGAUGGAGUAUUUGCAUGGGAAGAAUAUUGUGCAUUUUGAUUUGAAAUGUGAAAAUCUCUUGGUAAAUAUGAGAGAUCCUCAGCGUCCCGUCUGCAAGAUUGGAGAUUUGGGCUUGUCAAAGGUAAAACAGCAUACCUUAGUCUCUGGAGGUAUUCGUGGAACUUUACCCUGGAUGGCUCCUGAGCUUCUUAGUGGGAAAAGUAACAUGGUUACGGAGAAGAUUGAUGUUUACUCAUUUGGCAUUGUGAUGUGGGAAUUGCUUACUGGUGAGGAACCUUAUUCAGGCUUGCAUUCUGCUUCGAUAAUUGGAGGAAUCGUGAACAACUCAUUACGUCCACAGAUUCCAUCGUGGUGUGAUCCCGAAUGGAAGGCUUUAAUGGAGGCUUGUUGGUCAUCUGAUCCCACACAGAGACCGUCGUUUACAGAAAUCUCACAGAAGCUGAGGAACAUGGCUGCUGCAAUGAAUUUGAAAUAGUUUUCAAUCUCGACGCAGUCAUCUUACUUACUACUCCCUCUCAUCGGUCGCGAAAAAUAAUGAGAAGCAUAGAACUCUCUCAGCUUAAAAAGCCACCACUGUUUCUAUGUAUAUGGAAGGCUCUAAUAAUACAUAUUAUUCCAUGGUUUUAUCUCAUUUCAAAAUAUUUUGUAUUAGUUAAACAAAAAAAAGAACAAAAAAAAAUGGUAACUUUCUUUAUUGGGAGUGCUCCUAUUAUAUGCACUCACUACUAGAAAUUACCUGGAAGACGAAAACAAACCAGCGACGAACACGAACACGAUCGAAAUGUAUGUGUUAUUUUGGAGAGGACCAGAGUGACUACUACUACUACUGAUAUACUAUAUAACACUUUUGAAGCAGAGAACUGAGUUUGGUUUUUUGUACAUAUAAAUAAAUGACCAGUCCUGUGUUUGAUAAUGCUCUAUAUUGAUAUAUUUAUAUAUAUAGAUGCAUUAUGCUUCUUUAAUUGAGUCGAAUAGUCAUUGUAUGUUCUUAUGGGAUUUCUUUUAUUUUUUGUUUUGUGUUAAAUUCCACUCCCUGGGGACAUUAUUCUA